UUAAAUCAAUUGUGAUCUGUAAAUACCCAAUUUUAUAUUUUAUUUAAUAGCAAAAUGUUUUAGAAUAAUUUUUUUUAUUGUGUCAUUAUUAAGACUGAUUUUUAGAACUUAAAUCAUUUUUUUAAUUAUUUGUUACAUUUUAGAUAUUUCUCUGUAUUAUAAUAUGGCCAUUUGCGAAGAAGUAGAAUAUAUGGACGUGUCCUUCAACUCGGACAAAAAUGAAACAUCUAUUAGAAAAAUACUACACGUAAAUCGUACACCUACCCCUCGUAAACCUAACCGUCAUUGGAGUAUGUCUACUGAAUUAUUACGUUCUCAAUAUGAAAUAAAUCAUAUAUGUAAACCAAAAGUAUAUAAUCCUUUCAAUGAAAAUCUAAUGCAGCGACUGGGUGAAACAACAAUCAGCCCUAAUGUAUUUGCUAAAGCUAUUAGUCCUGGCCAAGAAAAUGAAUUUAAAUGGAAUAUUGAUGAUGUAUCCAAACUGAAUCCUGUUCAUAUUGAAGAUGAAUGCAUGGUAGAGGAACAAAUUGAUGAUGAAACCGAAUCGAAACUACAAGAAACUAUUGACAAAUAUUUUUAUAUGAAACAUAAAAUUCCUAGCCCAUGGAACAAUGAAAUUAUCAACUGGGAAUCUAAACGAGACAAUUCAUCAUCUACACCUAUGUCAACCAAGAAAACUGAAUUAACACGUUCACGUGAAAUUUCUACUCAAACUGAUCUUAGUUUUCCUUCAAUUUUACCUGAUCACAUUGAACAAAUACUAAAGCCUUACUUUUUAAAUUCGACUCAAAACAAAGACUCUGAAGCAAGUUUUAAUAAAGACACAUCGACACUAAGGCGAAAAUUAUUUUUCCUAAAUGACAAUGAUGACCCUAUUUCUCCAGUAGAAAUGAAAAGAAAUCAACCAAAUAGCCCUUUAAUCAGUUGUUUUGUUAACUCUACUGAAACAAGAGGUCCUGUAAUUGGCAAUCACCUUGGUGUCCAAGAACUGCCAUUAGACUGUCAUGUACCUAUAGAUGUUUCACCAAUAAUAAUUUCUAAUGACAAAGAAAAUACUCCGCCUAAAGAUAAAAGUGGUGAUUUUGUUUUUAUGACACCAGUUUCAACAUUAUCAAUGCCUAAAAGACGUCGAACUAAUAAAAUUAGUUUAACAAUGGAAAAUAGUUCGGAAUCUGGUUAUCAGACCUUAACAAUGAGUCUUAAAGAUAUGUCCAGCAUUACUUCAUUUGGUCAUAGUAGCAAAAAUAUUUUGUUCUCGGCAUCGACACCAACAUAAAUAUAUUUAAUAAAGUAUAACUAGUACUCUAUUUAAUCAUUUUUAUUUACCUUUUAUAUAAUAACUAUUUUUACUUAUUUACUCUUCAGACUAUGCCUAAAAAUAUGUGUAUUUGACCACCUUUUACACCAUAAAUUAAAAACUGUGAUUUUUUUUUUUUAACUUAUAAUAUAAUUGUAAUCUCAUUGUUAAAAAAAUUAUUUUUUUUAGUGACAAAUAUUUUUGUCAAUUUCCUACUGUAUUUAAUAAUAAGUUUUUUACUGUUUU